ACCAGUCCGUGACCGUCUGUCGCGCGGUGCGGUUCGGCUCGGCGGUGUGGUGUGCUCGGCGGUGUGCGGUGCGCGAGUGUGGUGCUGUGUGGUGCUGUGUGGCGGCGACACGCGAUGAAGGGCUCGCUCUGAGGAAGAAGGAACCCUCCCGCUCCUUACUCCAUGGAAUGUGAGACGCAGGGAUCGAACCAGCGGGGCCCCGACAUGGCCGUGGACAACCUGGAGGACGCGAGGGCAGUCAUCAGGGAGCUGCGGGAGCGGUACCGCGCGCAGUCGCACCAGCUGCUGGCGUGGCGCCGCCGGGUCCGCGCCCAGGAGGAGCAGAUGGCGCGGCUGAACCGCGAGCGGGCGGAGCAGCUGAAGCUGCUGUCGUCGCAGCUGCUGCUGUUCGAGUCGCGGCUGUGCCGCAAGCAGAAGGACGUGGGCGCGCUCCUGGCGCAGCGCGAGGCGGUCAUCGAGCGACAGCAGCGCUGCAUCGAGGCGCUGCAGGCGCGGCUCGCCGACGCCGGGCUCGACCCGCCGCACGCCGAGGCAGGUCUCGACUCGCUCGACGACAGCGACAGCGCCGUCGUGCUGGACUGCGAGCACGAGGUUCCGCGCGACGCGCCCGACGCCGCCACGCUGGCGCGGAGCGUGUCCGACGCCGUGGAACCGGGCUCCAAGUACUCGCUGCGGCGCUCCAACGGCUUCCUGCGGCGGCCCGAGGUGCUGGAGACCGUGUACAGCGUGGAGGAGGACGAGCCGGACAGGCCGGACAGGACGGACAGGACGGACGAGCCGAGCUCCGGCCGCCUGCACGCGCUCUGCGGCAGCUUCGAGCGCCUCAACGAGACCCGACCGACCGCCGCGCGCCAGCCCGAGCGCGAGGUCACCACCUACAACCGCGUCAUGAGCAACCACCGCUCCGUCACCAAGCCCAAAGACGUCAAGUACAAGAGGAUAAACAAGGCCAAGUCCAAGUCCCUGGAGGAGCUGCGCGGCAGGCUGAGGAACUGGGUGGACAAGGGCAACAAGCUGGCCAUAUCGCUGGACCAGUCAUGCGCAUAGUGGCUGGCGGUCGCGCGCCCGUGUUCGUGCCGCACCGAUCAUGACACUUGCGUCAGCGCAUCUCAAACGGUCAGCAACCUGCAGUGGUCAACUACGUCGUGAGCUGAUAAGAAGAAAAACAAAAAAGCUAGUGGCUGUGGAACUUGUUGGUUCAGACUGAACAAGACAUCCUAAAAAGUAAAUUUUAAGCUAAGCGUAUUUUUUUUUUUCUCUCGUGGUUAUUGACUUGCCAUUAAGUAUUUAUGAUGUAAUUUAAUAGACUGCUACGUAUUUAAAAAAAAUACAAAAAAUUGUAAAAAUUGAAAAUACUCUUUACUUAGCUCAUAUAUGUACUCUCUCGCUCUUAAAAUUUGUUCUCAGUGUAACAAAAAUACACAGAUGAUCACGUACUGUAUAAAGACUUAUUUAAAAAAAAAUGCUUCGUGACAAUCAUCACGUGUAGAUGUUACAAUUACGCUAUAAUAAAUUAUUUCAGAUAUCAGUGG